UACGACAACAACAAUGCCAGCAGCCGCAUGGCGCUCCUUUCCAUUGCCCACAACAACAACAACGACAACAACGGAGCGGGGUGGAAAGUUUGUGACGGUGCCGAUGCCAUUUCCAGAGGAAGAUCGCCUGGAAGAGAUGUGGAGGAGUGCAGUGCUGCAACGGCACUGGAAGCGUGCGCGAGAUCAGCCGAAGCGGCAACACAAAGAGAACGAGAGAGAGGCAUGGUCAGUCGCUUGGGGAUACGCUUUCGGCGUUACUGUAGAUUCCUGGCCCACUCCCCCCAUGGAGGCGCUGCGCCGCCAGAGGACGAGACAGAGGCGGAGGCUAGCUCCUUGGAGCAGCUGACCGGCAGCAGAAGCAGCAGUCGCAGUCGACGACGGCGCAGCAGCAGCAUUGGGAGCGCCGGCAGCCGGCUGAAGAUGCGACUGCGGCGCUGCACUUCAUCGCCAGGAUAAGAGCGAGAUGGUACUGUUGAUGGUCGGAGCGACAGAGAACGAGAGAGAGGACAGACUGGAAGCGAAGUGCAGAGGAAGAGAAAGAGAAGUGCAGUGGCGUAGCCAAGAGGGAAAGGGGGUCGGGUCACAACAAAGAGUCACUUAACCUAGUUAUUAUUUGACCCCCGGAGAAAGGAAAGUGAGUUGGCGUACAGAGUUGUUGGUGCAAAUUAAAUUGGGCAUAAUCUACAUAAUCUAUACCUAAAUCAAUUUCGGUGUACAUAUGCAAACUACUUAAAUAUCUACAUAUAUAUACAAGCUAAAGUCCCAAAUGUAUAAUUACAUUAAUUAUAUGUAUUUAUGAAUGCCAGGCUUCCAAAUAGAAUAGAGAGCAUAGAACCUAUCCCAAAACCCAAACCAAAACCUCUCCCAAAUAAUUCAAACUUUUUUUGUACCUGCGGUUUCGCGACAAGAGGAAAACAGAGAAUUGCAACUGCCAAUUGCAUUGUAUAACAAAGACCACAUCAGCAACAACCCACAACAAGACAAAACACUUAGGAAAAUAACAAGCAACCAGAAGAAAAGAACCACGGAUUUUUACCCUUCAUUUUAUAAUUGCAUAAUUACGAAGAGCAAUUGACAAUAUACUUUUGAAAGCAUUGCGAACAAAAUCAAAAAAAAAUCA